AUUUGGCUCCAAAUUUAGUUAUUCACAGCGUGAUUUUAAAACUAUUCUAAGAGAGUGUAGUCACGGUUAUGUUACAAUUUAAGCAGAUCAUGACUAGAUAAAGCCCAUCCGUGAUUACAUAACAAUCAGUUUAGUGCAUCGUAAAUUAACCAUUCGUACCAGGAAGAUGUUAAGAUGAUACAAAUACAAAUAAACGGACGAAGAAACGGUAAACAAUAUUGUAAAAUCGAAUGACUGACUGAAACCUACAAAAUACUUACAGACAGAAAUAUGGGAAACGCAAAAUCUCUUAUUAUGAAAUCAAGAAUUCGAAAACUGAAUCACGACAGUUUAGCAGCGUUGGAAGAAAAUGAAGAUAUAGAUUUCAAUCGGCAUGAGAUAGAGGAAUGGUACAAGGAAUUCCAGCUACAUCUAGAUAAGGGCAUCACUAAAUUGACAGUUGAUGUGUUUAAAAUGAUUUAUAACCGUGUGUUUGAAGGCGAUGCUUCGUCAUUUGCCCAUCAUCUGUUCCGAUCUUUUGAUACAAAUGGUGAUGGAUAUGUAGAUUUUAAGGAGUUUUUGGUCGGUCUGAGCGUUUCUAGUAGCCAUAACACCGACAAGAAAUUAAAGUGGGCAUUUAAAAUGUACGAUAUUGAUGGAAAUGGAUUGAUAUGUAAGGACGAAAUGAUUUGCGUUCUAAAGGAUAUAUACAAAAUGACAAACGCAGUGGUAAAUGGAACGCUAGGUGGACCUGAACGAAUAACUGAUGCGUUCUUCGAAGAAUUUGACUUGGAUCGUGAUGGGAAGAUCUCUUUUAAUGAAUUUAAGAAUGGUGCAUUGACCGAUCCUCUGAUUAUACAUUUACUGGAGUGCGAUCCGGACCCUUGAUGUGCCAAUAGCUAUCGUUAGCAUUGAAGAACACUUUAGUGAGAAAAAAAGUUAAAUAACAACGUUGCUGUUUUUUCCAUAAAGUUAAAUUUGUGUUUAAAAUACAAAGCGUAAUUGAAUACCUAUUUUAAGUGUAAUAGCAUAUACAUUGAUUGACAUACCAUUUGAAUAAACUGCUUCUGUAGCCCUGUCGCACAAUCAUCAAAAGCGGUAAGUGUAAAAAGAUACCGCAGAUAAAGUACAUAAUAUUAUAGAAGAUAGAUAUUAACAAGUACAUGUAAAAAGACGGAAACAAACAAAGACAUUUUUCCAAGUUAUAGACUUUAUUCGUUAAUUCUAUUAAUGUCUUUAUUCUAUAUCAUGGGUAGAAACGAUUACCACCAACAGGCUUAGGGAUAGCAAAAUAAAUGGCGAAAACAACUGCCUCGUCCUGAGUGCAUAUCAGUUUUCAUUGUACAAUAAUAAAUUAGACUGUGUUAGAAUAUUUCUUUUCAAUCCUUACCCUUAUAUCUCUACUUGUAUAAACAUUAUCUUAAUUGUUGAAUUUGUAUUAUGAAUAUUUGACAAUUGGCUCAACUUUUACUAUUUGUGUUGCUUUUUGUUCUUAAAUACAUAAUAAGAAGGUUGAUAUUUUUGUCACGUUCUUUAUUUCAUCGAUGCUCGGUAGGUAUUAUUUGAUGCUCAGUAGGUAUUCCUAAAACGUUUUAAACUAGUUAGGGCACAUGGGAAAUAUAAACGAUAUUCUUUUCGGAAUAAAACCAAAUUGUUUGCUAUAAGCUGUCAUACGGGUAAUUGUCGGUUGUAUAGUUUUGCCUUUAGAAUUUAGCCAAUCUCUAGCUAGCCUAGCUUCCCUUGUUUUGUCGUAAUUAGUGAAAUCACAAUGUCUCGUCUUAUAAACAUUGAUAAACUAGAAUUUACUCUAUAUAAUUGUAUAAUUUGUCAUAAAACCAUUGACUGGUUAGGUAAGGGUGCCAUGGCAACUGGUCCGAUAUUGUUUUACAUGAUACCAGUAUAUUUGUCCAAAAAAAAACAUUAGUUGGUGAGGAAGGGGUCCAUGGCAACUGGUCCUAUAUUGUUUUACAUGAUACGAGUAUAUUUGUCAAAAAACAUUGGUUGGUGAGGAAGGGGUCCAUGGCAACUGGUCUGAUAUUGUUUUACAUGAUACCAGUAUAUUUGUCAAAAAACAUUGGUUGGUGAGGAAGGAGUCCAUGGCAACUGGUCUGAUAUUGUUUUACAUGAUACCAGUAUAUUUGUCAAAAAAACAUUGGUUGGUGAGGAAGGGGUCCAUGGCAACUGGUCUGAUAUUGUUUUACAUGAUACCAGUAUAUUUGUCAAAAAACAUUGGUUGGUGAGGAAGGGGUCCAUGGCAACUGGUCCGAUUUUUUUUACAUGAUUCCAGUAUCUUUGUCAUUAAACCAAUGGUUGGUGAGGAAGGGGUCCAUGGCAACUGGUCUGAUAUUGUUUUACAUGAUACCAGUAUAUUUGUCAAAAAAACAUUGGUUGGUGAGGAAGAAGGUGAUGGUAACUUUUCCGUCGUUGUAAAGUAAAUAUACUAUUAGAAGUGCGAUUGAAAGGUAUUUGUCUUAUCUAAGCUUUCUUUGCAACUAGUUGCAUAUGACUUAGUAUCGAGAAUGUAAUUAAGACGUGCAUCUCCCAUACCCCUUUUAGCCUAAGAGCUAUUGACUUAUAAAUGUGCAACUUUAGAAAGUCACUACUUUGCUAUAUGCAGACAUUUUCAUACAUUGUAUAAAAAGCAUCAGUUGUUAAAUAAAAUUGUUUAAAUGUAAGCGAAAUAUUCUCGAAUAAAUGGAAUAUGUCAAA